AUGCUCAAAGGCUACCAUAAAAAGGGUUCUCGUCCCGAUAGCCAUCUUCCUAUCACCCUCCCAAUCUUGCACAAAUUACUUGAUUCGGCGUGUAAUCUGGCUAUUUAUAGGUAUCAAGUUUGUCAAUUCAAGGCCAUGUGUUCGACAGAUUUUUAUGCUUUUUUACGGGUUAGUGAGAUGACCUCCACCUCCUCUGUGGGUUCACCUCCCCCCAUCCAAACAGGUCAACUAUUUAAGCUAGCCGAUGGUAGUGACAAUACUAUUGCACUUAAGCUUGUUUUUGUCAACUAUAAACACAGCUACAAUCAGCGCCCCUUUUCUAUAGUAAAACACCGUCAGCCCCCUUUUUGUCCUGUCCAACUGUUGUUGGAUUGUUUGGCUCUUCGCGGCAACCAACCGGGCCCCCUGUUCGCUAGUCUGGACACCACCUCAGCGUCUAGAAGUUUCUUUACAGACAUAGUUAGGCUAGCAUUGACAUCUUGUGGCCUUAACCCUUCACGUUACAAGGGUCACAGCUUCCGUAUUAAGGCCCCCUCUUUUGCUGCAGAUGGGGGAAUGUCCGAUGUCCAGAUCUGGCCCCGGUUGUUCAAACGUUGGAUUGUGCCAUCCACCGGAUAA